AUGGUUAGGCAUCUGUUGUUAGUAAUUUUCCUCGUCCAGGUCGCUUUGGCAACUGCCGGUGGCUCAAACGCUGAUCAAUGUGAUACUAAUCAGUGCAAGCAGCUCGAUGGGGGCGGCAUCAUGUACGAGUGCUUCUGCAGUAACUGUGAUAACACCACCAACACUUGCACGGCUACGACAAAAACUCUGCACCCAGCCGAUGGCCAGGAUGACCUCGAACGGCUGCCCAAACACGUGUUGAACUGGACGGCCCGAAAAAUGGGCUCGGAAAAAGGAACA